AUAUCUCAUUAAAAUUCAUCAUUUGCUCUGCACAGUGACGACAAUUCAGCCAAAAGCAGGGCGUAAAUGAUGACAAAUCAAGCAAUCCUUCGAAUUUUCCUCAUUUUCGUUGUAAAGUUCUUUACGGGAUGCGGUACAAACGAAAUCCUUCUCGACUGUGAUGUCUCGGAAACACAUACGACAAAAAAUUCUUGCAGUUUUACGACAACAACAUGCAUCAUCGAGGAGUUUCGCGACGUUUGGCAAAACCAAAAUGUGAAACUAUCAUUCACAAAUGCUCGUGAAGAAAAUUUUACGUCGUUAGUGUUCCAAAAUAGUUUUGUGUCAACACUGCCCAAAGAGAUUUUCGAUCAAUUUCCUCAUCUGGAGUCACUUGACAUGAGCAAUACAGGCUUAACGCAGAUCCGAGGACGAACUUUUGUGAAUGCCACAGAUCUGGUUGAACUGAAUUUGAUGCGAAAUCAACUCACAGACAUCACAACGCAAACUUUCGUUGGAGCAACGAAUCUUCGGGCGCUGCAUCUUGCUCAUAAUCGAAUUGUAACAAUCUGGUCAAAUGCGUUUCGUGAUGCUAAACAAUUGGAAUUUAUCGAUUUGGGUCACAACGUCAUCCAAUUGAUACACAAAGAGACUUUUAGUAUGCUCGACAACUUAAGGAACAUUUAUUUGUAUCACAACAAGAUUAUUGACGUGAAUCCGUUGAGUUUUGUGCACAAUAAAAAGUUGAAUACGAUCGAUUUGACGGGAAAUCACAUGAGAGAAGUCGAAUUGGAUCUUUCAACGCCGCGUUUGAACAAACUCGAUUUAUCGGAUUGCUUCUUGGAUGAGUUGGUGCUUCGAAAAUCAACAGAAGCAACGGAGAACAUCACAAUUCGUUACUUGAACCUUCGUAAAAACACUUUUACGAACAUUUCCAAUAUCCGAAUCGAUCGUAAGGAAGUUCAAUUGCAGACUGUAGACUUGAGUGAAAACAAAUUGCACGCUUUAAACAUUCCUCCAGACUUUGUUCAAGACAUAACUUUGUUCAAAUUGAUGAAAAACGAUUUAUGGGAAAUCUCGCCGGGAUUUAUGACGAGCAUGAAAAAACUAAAAUCUCUCUAUUUAGAUAAAAAUGCAUUCCGUUUGUACGAAAAUAUGUUCAAACCAGUUCCAGAUUUGAAAAUUCUCUCAAUAUCCGGAAAUCAUUUGAAAUUCUUCGACUUUUCUUGGUUCGAUGGUUUGUCAAAUCUCACACAACUCAAUUUGGAAGACAAUCGUUUGCGUCAAAUCAAUUACACACAAAUCUCGAAUACGCUUCCAUCAUUGCAAUCUUUUUAUCUGGACAAAAAUGAGUUCAAAUGCGCCUUUGUUGAGCAAAUGGUGAAUUACGUUCGCAAUACAACUGAUGGCAAAAAUAUAGAAUUUUCCUCCAAUGGUCGAGGAUUGUUUCCGACUUGCGUUCCUGAUGACGAACCAAGUAACUUCAGAUGGGAAUGGAUGGUUGUUGGAAUUUUCGUUACGGCAUUCGUUGUUGUUGUUGCGAUUUUCAGACGACAAUUAAUUGAAAAAAUUGACGAUGUAAGAAGACGAUUCCGAUCGUACAGUAACAUGAGAGAAACAGAAAAUGGAGUUAGCGGAGGAGGAGGCACAAGACUUCGAGACGAUGGAGACGAUCAAAUACUCUAAAAAAUUUAAAAACUUAUGAUCUGAACUGAAAAUGCUCUUAAAACAUAUAAAAUACUCCAGUUGACAUAUUUAAAAGGACCAAAGAAGGUGCCAUAUCAAACAUCAAUUUUUUAAAUUUUUAUUAGAAUAAUUUUAUUUUUUGUUUUUGCCUUAAUUCCUUAAUUAAUAAUAUAAUUAAAUAGGUAAUUUCGUCAAUGUUUCAAUUUUUUGUUGUAAUAAUUGUUUAAUUAAUUAAUAUGUUUAAAGUUAUCAUAUUGUGAUAAUCAUAGUUAUUGUAUAUUAUAAUUAAUCAUUUUUUUCUCACAACUGCGCGUUCAUUAUUGUUCGUAAUUAAUUCUUCCAAUUUAAUUAUACAUAAUCUAUAUAUUGAAUGUAUAAAAUAAAAUAUUGCUGUAU